GGAGGAGAGGAGGAGAAGAGGAGGAGGAGAACCUGUUCACGAACUCCUCACAACUUUCACUCUGCUCCAGCACGCGCCAGGAGCUGCUGCACACACACACACACACACACACACAGCGUUCGCGUCAUGUCUGGAUCGUACUGUAAAAGUUUGUACCGGUUCAGUGGAGACCAGCACCAGCAGGGACUGAGCUUCGAGACCGGGGACGUGAUCAAGGUGGUCCAAGCUCUGCCCGGAGGCUGGUGGGAGGGAGAGAGGGACGAUGGAGUCCGGGGCUGGUUCCCCUCCAGUUAUGUCCAAGUGCUGGAGAGGACGGCAUCGCUGACUCACCUCCCCGUGGAGGACCUUAGAGACCCCCUACCGCCUCAGUGGAGGUGCUACAUGUCACCACAGGGGCGGCGAUACUACGUGAACACCACAAAUAACGAGACGACAUGGGAGAGACCGUCCAGCGUUCCUGGAACCCCCAAAACCUCGAUCCGACACAAGAAUUCGCUGCCAGCAGUGAAUGGAUUUCACUCGGGUGGAAGUCCCUUACAUCAUCUGGAUCAUUCACACAACAGCCUGGUUAGAAAAAGCAGUUCAGAGCCACAGAGCCCGACAUCGUCGUCGCCCACCAGGAAACAGAGCAAGGAGACGACAGUCACGAUCAACUGCGUGACGUUCCCGUCGCCCGUGUCUCUGCACGAGCAGCAGCUGCUGAAACCAGACGAGUGGAGCUACUGCGACUUCUUCUGGGCCGAUAAGAAGGAUCUCCAGGGCAACGCUUGCAUCACAGGGUUCGAGGUUCUGCUGCAGAAACAGCUGAAGGGGAAACAGAUGCAGAAAGAGAUGGCCGAGUUCAUUCGAGAGAGGAUAAAGAUAGAAGAGGAGUACGCCAAGAACCUCUCCAAGCUCUCCCAGAUCCCGCUCGCAGGACAAGAAGAAGGGACUCUGGGACAGGCCUGGGCCCAGCUGAAGAAGAGUCUGGCAGACGAAGCUGAAGUUCAUCUAAAGUUCUCCUCAAAGCUCCAGAGUGAAGUGGAGAAGCCUCUGCUGAACUUCAGGGAGAACUUCAAGAAGGACAUGAAGAGGUUUGACCACCACAUCGCUGACCUACGGAAGCAGCUGGUCGGGCGCUACUCAUCGGUGGAGAAGGCUCGCAAAGCACUGGCUGACAGACAGAAAGAGCUGGAGUUGAAGAGCCAGCAGAUGGAGAUUAAACUCAACAGCAAGAUCGAAGAAGACAUCAAGAAGGCCCGCAGGAAAUCCACACAAGCAGGAGACGAUCUGAUGCGCUGCGUCGACCUUUAUAACCAGUCCCAGUCCAAAUGGUUUGAGGAGAUGGUCACGACGAGUCUGGAGCUGGAGCGGCUGGAGGUGGAGCGUGUGGAGAUGAUACGACAGCAUUUGUGUCAGUACACCACUCUGAGGCACGAGACGGACAUGUUCAACCAAAGUACGAUGGAGCCGGUGGACCAGCUCCUGCAGAGUGUGGACCCGGGCAAAGACAGAGAGCUGUGGGUACGAGACAAUAAGACGGGAGACAUCAGACCGGUGGACAUCGAGAUUUAAUUUGAGGACCACAGAUGAUGUCACUGUGGGAGAUUAAAUCUGUGCUGGGAUUAACCACUGAUCCACAAACAGUCUAACAAAACUGCAAAACUGUGGGGCGAUCGAUCUCCGUCUGUGGCUCCUCACGUCUCCAGGACGACGUUGCUAUUUUCGGGGGAUGAAUAAAAUCGUCUAAAAUGGA